AGGUGAUUGGUCGGCCCGGGGGCGGCAGCGGCGGCGGCGGCGGCGGCGGCGCAUGCGACGGUCACCUCGGUUUGGGUGAGUCCGUGGGUUCGAGCCCGGGCCCCGCCAGCUGCCGAGUUGCCUCUCGGUGCCGGGCUGUGACUCCCUCUGGCCGGCCCUGCACUCUGGCCUCCCGGGGCGUCAUCUGGAGGCAUAGAGCCAGGCCGGGGACUCCUUUUGGGAGAGUUUCCGUUCUUCUAUUCCGUGCUGUCCGACCAGGACCCCUCAGGGACUUUUGUGGGGCAGGGGCGAAUCACGCAUGGUCUAGACCCCAUGCCUAGAAAAAGGCAGUGCGGGGCAGCGGCGGCGCGCACGGCCGAGUGAAGCAGAUAGCGUCCCCGGGGCUGGAGCCCGGUAGCAGGGGUAGGGAAACGCGGAGGCUGCCAGGAUGCGGACCCAGGGGACGCGAGGGAAGAUGGAAGAGUUGAGUCAAGCCCUGGCUAGUAGCUUUUCUGUGUCUCAAGAUCUGAACAGCACAGCUGCCCCACACCCCCGCCUAUCCCAGUACAAGUCCAAGUACAGUUCCUUGGAGCAGAGUGAGCGCCGCCGGCGGUUACUGGAACUGCAGAAAUCCAAGCGGCUGGAUUAUGUGAACCAUGCCAGAAGACUGGCUGAAGAUGACUGGACAGGGAUGGAGAGUGAGGAAGAAAAUAAGAAAGAUGAUGAAGAAAUGGACAUUGACAUUGUCAAGAAGUUACCAAAACGCUAUGCUAAUCAGUUGAUGCUUUCUGAGUGGUUAAUUGACGUUCCUUCAGAUUUGGGGCAGGAAUGGAUUGUGGUUGUGUGCCCUGUUGGAAAAAGAGCCCUUAUCGUUGCCUCCAAGGGUUCUACCAGUGCCUACACGAAGAGUGGCUACUGUGUCAACAGGUUUUCUUCACUUCUGCCAGGAGGCAACAGGCGAAACUCAACAGCAAAAGACUACACCAUUCUAGAUUGCAUUUACAGUGAGGUAAACCAGACCUACUACGUUCUGGAUGUGAUGUGCUGGCGGGGACACCCUUUUUAUGAUUGCCAGACUGAUUUCCGAUUCUACUGGAUGCAUUCAAAGUUACCAGAAGAAGAAGGACUGGGAGAGAAAACCAAGCUUAAUCCUUUUAAAUUUGUGGGGCUAAAGAAUUUCCCUUGCACUCCCAAAAGCCUGUGUGAUGUGCUAUCUAUGGAUUUCCCUUUUGAGGUAGAUGGACUUCUCUUCUACCACAAACAGACCCACUACAGCCCCGGAAGCACUCCCUUGGUGGGCUGGCUGCGCCCCUACAUGGUGUCAGAUGUCCUUGGUGUAGCUGUGCCGGCUGGCCCGCUGACCACCAAGCCAGACUAUGCUGGGCACCAGCUCCAGCAGAUUAUGGAGCACAAGAAGAGCCAGAAGGAAGGCAUGAAGGAGAAACUCACACACAAGGCCUCUGAGAAUGGGCACUAUGAGUUGGAGCACCUGUCUACUCCCAAGUUGAAGGGUUCUUCCCAUAGCCCAGACCACCCUGGAUGCCUCAUGGAGAAUUAAAGAGAGAAGCCUCCUUAAGGAGCCACAGGAUGGUACCUGGCCCCAAAAGGAAUCCUGGAGAGGAGGACAGUGACAACAGGUGACUUCAUUCUUUAGAGUGAACUUUCCAAACCCAGUCCAGCUGGAAACAGCUUAUCUAUAAUCUGAAAUGCUGGCUCAAACAGUUUGGGGAGGUUCCCAGAUUGCAUAGCAUUCAGAUUGAUUUGAGCAGCUCCUACUGUGAUAAGUGUAUUCCAGAUCCACAAUGUAAAUAUACGUGAUUUGUAAGAAA